AACCUGCCCCCCCCCGAGCAAUGGCCGCCUCUCUCCGGCUGCGGGGGGCUUUGGCGCUGGUCACAGGGGGAGCCAGCGGCAUCGGCCGCGCCGUCUGUGCCCGCCUGGCCCGGGAGGGGGCGCUGGUGGCGGUGGCGGAUCGCAACGAAGCCGGGGCGGCCGAGACCCUGCGGGGGCUCCAGACCGGGGACCACCAGGCCUGGGUGGCCGACGUGGGAAGCUCCAAGGACGUGGCGGCGCUCAUGGGCAAGAUCCAGGCCCACUACUCCCGCCCGGCCAGUGUCUGCGUCAACUGUGCAGGCAUCACCAUGGACGAGUUCUUGCUGAAGCAGAGCGAAGAGGCCUUUGACGCCGUGCUCCGGGUGAAUCUCAAGGGGACCUUCCUGGUGACGCAGGCCGUGGCCCAAGCGCUGGUGGAGAGCGGAGCGUCCGGCGGCUCCAUCAUCAACGUGGGCAGCAUUGUUGGGAAGGUGGGCAAUUUGGGGCAGGUGAAUUACGCUGCUUCCAAGGCUGGGGUGGAGGCUCUGACGAAGACCGCGGCCAAGGAGCUGGCCAGGUGA